AUGCGGUCUGCUUUGUGCUCUGGGUCUCUUCUGGCCCUGCUGCAUGUGACUCCUUGUCUGUGGAUUGGAGCCUUCAACAUCGAAGACUUUGGACCCAAGAAAUCCAAAGAUGACUUUGUGAUGAACCACAUUCAAAGAGAAUUACAUUUUCUUCAGAUUGUCCUUCGCUAUGACAUCAUUCUGAUCCAGGGGCUCCAAGACAAAGAUCUGAGCGUAACCAAAAGACUCAAGGAUCUUGUUAACAAAGAUUCUCAGCAUUUCAGCAAUAUCCUCAGUGAGCCCCUGCCCCUCAGUUCCAGCAUCUUGAAAUUCUGGACAGAUAAGGAGAGAUACCUCUUCCUCUACAGGGAUAAGAAGGUGACCGUGAAAGACAGCUUCCAAUACACUGCCAAAGGCUUCGACAGACCGCCCUACGUCGUCAAGUUUUCCUCCACAGAGACCGGUAAGGAAUUUGUUCUGAUCCCCAUUCACACCAAACCGGACCACGCUGUAAAAGAAAUUGAUGCCCUUGUUGACGUGGUGGCUGCUGCCGGAAAAAAAUGGAAUAACAAUAAGAACAUCAUGGUGCUCGGAGACUUCAACGCAGGCAGCAGGUAUGUCAAAGUAAAAAAAAGGAAUAAGAAAAACGACUGGGAUGAUAUCCCCCUCUUCACCAACAAGGACUUCCACUGGCUGAUCAAUGACAACGUUGCUACUAAGGUGGACUCUCAACAGGCUCACGACAGGAUUGUCGUCACCACUGAAAUGGAGAAGGGAGUGGUGGAAGGCAGCGCUAAGGUCUUUAACUUCAGGAAGAAAUAUGAUCUUAACCAGGCUGAGCGCAUCUUGUUUGAGUGA